AUGAGCUAUCCCGGCUACCCGAACGUAGCCAACCCCGACUACUCCCCACCACAGGAGAUGCUGUGCUAUCCAGAUCAGUUUGGAAGUGCGUACCUCGGGGACAACUAUAGUACAUCUCCCGAAUACUCGCUCGAUUCUUUCUUCGAUCAGGCCCUCGCAUCGACCGACAUUUCGACGACCUUCCCAUCCAAGGAGCAGGGCCCGUUCAACACCACAUUUGGAACAACUGGCGUCGCGACAUCGAGCAAUACCGCCAGCUCGUACUCGACAUCGCGACACCCAUCCGAUGCCGCACCGUUUGGUAAGCUCGAACAACUUUCGUUCAGCUUUUGCUUCGACCCGAGGUCAACCGAGCCGUUCGAGACAGCCUGUUUCUCCCCAAACACCCACAUCUCUUCCAGGACCCCUUCCCUCUGCGGCGACGCAUCGGAAAAGGCCUCAUCACCCUCCCUCUCGCCUCGCAACCUAAAGCGCGAAUCCCCUUCGUCCCCUGACUCGGCCCCAGAAGAAUCCACUCAGAAACGGCCUCAACGGAAGCGAGGCCGACCACGACUCGAUCGCACCGAAAACGUGUCCAGCACAUCUUCGCCAUCGUCCAAGAGCCAAAAGACUGGGCGCCUGCCGCACAACCAGGUCGAGCGCAAAUACCGCGAGGGCCUUAAUGCCGAGCUGGAGAGACUCAGACGAGCGGUGCCAUCCCUGCCCCAGAGCGAUGAGGCUGGAGCUAUGGGCCAGCCCAAGCCAAGCAAGGCCAUGGUACUCGCCAGCGCCAUCGAGUACAUACGAAAAAUCGAAGCAGAACGAGACGCGCUGAAGCUAGAAAAUGCGAGGCUGCGAAACGCUGCAGCGAGUGGACAGACGAUCAGAAACUGGAAGGUCGAGGAUGAGUCACUCCAGGAGUUUCUGACUGACCCUUGA